GACUUGAGAUAACCGCAAGAUGCUAAACACGGAUGUCAACGGAUAUUGAAAAGCAGUAGCUGAAAUAAUAAUAAUAAAAUUUUAAAAAAAUCAGUGGUUGGUGAUUGCGGUGAAGGCUUUGGCGUCUCGUCUCACAUUUCCUCGACGACUUACCGUUAAAAAUGAUUGUCAACACCGGAUAAUUACUAUGCAACGCAAAUACAAACUGUGCAGUGGAUAAUUUUUUGAUAAUUGCAUCAGUACAAAGAUGCCGCAGUAUGAUGACAGCUUUCUGGAUUCACCGUUGUUCAGGAGACGUGCUAAGAGUUAUAGUGUUUUGAAACAGGAUGUGCCGAAAUCCAAAACAUUUCAGAUAACUGCAACACCCUUUCUCUUAGCUGUGACCAGUCAAGCGAGGGUAACACCCUCUGUGUCAACAUGCAAUCUUGAAGAAGUCGAGGAGAGAACGAGUGGGAAGGCUCGGGGUGGCAAACUAGCCCGUCGUGCCCGUUCUUUCAAGGAGGACUUCCUGGAGAAGCUCUCGCAGAUGAGGUCCCCCGGGAUAAACUCUGGGGCUGGAGGUGGUAGUGGUAUUGCAACACGUGCUGCAUCACCAUCAUCACCGCGAAUGCCCAGAGAGAAGACACCCCUCGGUGACAGUCUUGAUAAGAAUCCACUGAGGGAUCUCCAUAUCCACGUCAGGCAGGUACAGCUUGCACUGCUGCACUUUCGCGAUGUCGUUUCCAAAAAGAAACUUGAGAUGUUACCUGGUAAUGGCACCAUCGUACUCGACACUGUCACCACUAUACAUACAGUCCUCAAGUCGUAUGUAGUUUAUGAAAAAAGCUCGACAUUGAACUCUGCCACGAAUCAAGUUUAUCAAGCACUGGCGAAACUCUUGAAACUGUGCGACGACGUUCUGAUCCACGGGAAUCAGUCAGCCCCGUGCCCAGCCUUGGACACAGAGAACGUGACACACGUGAUAGGAUUAGUUGAGGAUGCUGUGAAAAAUCUAGUUGCUUUGGCACACGAGAAGAUAUCAAAUCGCCAGAAACCAGCGCCAGUGGCAACAAACAACAGAACUUCAGGGUAUGGAACUGAUCUAUCAGCCCAGAGGAACUCCCUUCCGGACAUUCCCCUGACACCUCGGGAGCGUCAGAUUCUGGAGCAGACAGCUGCAAGCAGUAAUUUGGUGAGAAGUUCCCACAGUUCCGAGUCCAUCCUCAGGGACUCGAGCCCGCCACCGAAGCCACCACUCCCUGACAGGACGAACAUCAGUUUAUCCGAGGACAACGGUUCCUCGACGCCCCCUCCUCUCCCCCCAAAACGUCGAGCCCGUGCCCAACAGCUUUUGGACGAGUCUGAGGGUCUUUUGGCAUCGACUUUGGACCGUGUCUCGUUAAGGAGUCGUUCCCCGGAGGACUCAUCCUCGCUAUUGAGCGCGUCAGCUGGAAGUUUGGACUCAGCGCUGAAUCACUCCAGGGACGACGAGGAAAUUCGCUCGAUCAUGGGGCCAAACGAUGAGUCCUUGAACGACAGUAUGGAUCUCAGUCUCAUGGCGACCAUUCAUGGUCUCCAAGUAAAUGGGACAAAUAACUGCGGCUGUUGGGACGGCUCGGAGACUAGCAUACCGAGCACAAUGUUACUGGGACAGCAGACACCCCAGGAGAUGAUAAAUCCAUUUGCUGGAAUGGAAGGAAAAAUGGAAAGACUGUCGACGCAAACCCAGGAGUCGGGUUUCGUCUCGCUGCAUUCGCAGCGCAGUUCCUCCCAGAGCUACACAGCCUCCAGCAUGACGUCGAAGAGGUCCUCUCAACAGAGCAGUGUCAGUUACAAUUCACAGUCCUUCAGCUCACAGCAGCAGUCCUUCUCUCAGCAAAAACUCUCGGAGUGCACUGAGGGCUCUAUCAUGACUCAGAGGACCACCAGCUCAAAGAGCAGUCUCACUACUACCAGCAUCACUGGCAAUGGCGAUCCAACACUACUGGAAAAACUGGUAAAUGAAAUGGAAGCUCUGACAGCACCAGAUACGAAUGGGCUCCCACCAGCCCUCCCAGAGAAGCGCUCAAAGCGCCGAAAAGAGCGCCAGCCAUCGCAGUACGAUAAUGUACCUGAAAAUGAGCACCUGUCCACCUGCAGUCUUCACGCGAACUCGAGCGACAGUCCAGACGCCAGUAGACCACCUCCUCUUCCCUUGAAGAAGCGCCACAUGUUCCAAUCGGUGGCAUAUUCCGUAAUGGCGUACAUGGAGAUGUUCGGCAACUGCUCGCACACGACCAACGACUUUAUUUCCGGUCUUGGCACGCGACACUCAAUGGCUGCAUACAAUUCGAUGCAAGCUGAAUGGCAGCAGCAUGAAAUGGCACUUACAACGACGCAAUCAUGCUCCUCUAUGGUGCAUACCAUGACGAGUCUCCACGAUGGGACAAGCAUAUCGAUAAGUAUGAGUCCAACAAUAAAAGAAGUGACGAAUCACUCUAGUCUGCCCCCGGCAUUGCCACCGAAGCGAUCGAGAUCGACGAGAUCAACGGUGACACCACCCCCGAUAUCCCCGAAACCUGCCAUCAGCAUGCAAAGUCUCCACACACCAGACCCAGUCAUAACGUCGACACCUGUUAAGGAGAUAAAGGAAGAGCCAGUGCUCACUGAUAAGAACGACAAGGCCUCGCCUGUUCUCAAUCUCAAUAAUAAUAACAACGUGACACUCGAUGUUUCCCCAAGGCCUGCAAGCAAUCCUCUGUCCUCAAUCUCAGUCGAUGAAAAUACUCUAGAGCUCAGGGAUAUCGAGCAGGACGACGGCAUCCUUGACGAGCUGGACAUCAAUAAACAUCUGGUAUUUAAGAAGACUGAGGAGGAUGGACCGGACAUCCGAGGGGGACACCCUGACGCUCUGCUCAUCCAUGCCACCAAAGCCAAUAAACAUGACGAGAAAGAAUCAGAUUUCCUGUAUCAGGAAGCGUUCUUGACGACAUAUAGGACCUUCAUGUCGCCCCUGGAGUUGAUUCGUAAAUUGCACCGACGACACCAGAGGUUCUCGUGUUCUCCAGACGUGGUGAAACAACGAGCGGCCCGUGAAGCCUUUUCCCUGCUAGUUCGAGUGGUGAGUGACCUGACGAUGUCAGAUCUGGAUGACGUGCUUCUCCAGACGCUGAUGGAGUUCGUACAGCAACUGGUGUGCAGUGGAGAUCUGACAAUGGCGAAGGCCCUACGAGUAAAAAUCCUGGAGAAGCACCAGCUGAAGCAGAUGCAAUCAGCCCAGCCAAUUCUAUCGUCCCUGAGUGUCUCCACGAAGCAGGCGUCACUCCUGGACUUCAAAAGCGAGCAGAUUGCCGAACAAAUGACUCUCCUCGAUGCCGAGCUCUUCAUGAAGAUCGAGAUACCGGAGGUGCUCAUCUGGGCGCAGGAGCAAAACGAAGAGAGAUCCCCUAAUCUUACGAGAUUUACAGAGCACUUCAACAAGAUGUCAUACUGGGCGAGGUCCAGGAUUCUAGAGCACAGAAUGGAGAACGAAGCUAAGGAUAGGGAGAAGUACGUCGUCAAGUUCAUCAAAAUAAUGAAGCACUUGAGGAAGAUCAAUAACUUCAAUAGUUAUUUGGCACUGCUGUCUGCUCUGGACAGCGCACCCAUCAGAAGGCUCGAGUGGCAGAAGCACAUCACUGAGGGCCUUAAAGAGUACUGUGCACUUAUCGAUAGCUCCAGCAGUUUCAGGGCUUACAGACAAGCCUUGGCUGAGACACAGCCACCCUGCAUACCUUACAUUGGAUUGGUCCUGCAGGAUCUAACGUUCGUGCACAUAGGGAAUAGUGAUUUACUGCCGGAUGGAACCAUCAAUUUUUCGAAACGCUGGCAGCAGUUCAAUAUUGUUGAGAAUAUGAAGAGAUUUAAGAAGUGCACGUACUCCUUCAAGAAGAACGAGCGGAUAAUAACCUUCUUCAACAACUUCAGUGAUUUUCUGUGCGAGGAGGCGAUGUGGCAGAUCUCCGAGAGCAUCAAGCCACGAGGGGGUAAGAAACCCCCCCAAAACUAGAAAAACAACUCACCAGUCCAAAAAUCAAACUUAGACGAUCUUUACUGCAAAAUAUUUCAUUCCGAACGAAUGAAAAUCCAGUGAAUCGACUUUGUAAUCACCAAAUCGUGGUAAUUGCCCAUACUAUCCAGUCUCAGUGAUAAACUGUAGCCUCUGUGAGGUUCGACAGUUUCACGAUCCCUAACUAUAAUUAGGAAAUAUAAUUAGCUGAAGAAUGAAAAUUAAACUCCGCUUUGAACAUUUGGCGAGUUGCACUUAACUGAAAAGCUUUAGACUAAUUGAUAAGGGACGAGACACAGUCUCUUCGACACCUGUAACUUAUACUAAAUGUGCAUUUUUUAAAUGAAAAAAAAAUUAUUUAUUAGUUGAGGGGGACAUUUCGUUGAACGUACAAUUAUCGUUUUAUUUUCAUGUAGUUAGUGACAUUUUAAUGGUCAAUGGUGUGCUGUUGAUUACACAAGGAUGAACACCAAUUACGUUGAUUCAUGUUAGCUAUUGGGGUCUCAUUGUGGGACACAUGGCACGACUGAGACCAACUGUUACAUAUACUAUUGUAUAUGAUUAUUAGAGUGAAAAUGAAGAUAAAAAAUUCGUAAUAGUUGAUAAUAGUUUGGGUUCUCUUAUGUUGAGGAUAGAUUUCCAAGCUUUUUACGUAUGAAAACGUUUGAUAGAAAUGCCGUAGGAUUUCAGAAAAAAUUCUAGUGAAUUCUUGUUGGAAUUCCAUCAAAAUUUUACUACAGAUUUUAUCAGUUUAUUUGGCGUCUACAGCUAUUUCUCUGACUUUUGACUAUUUCUCAGAUUAUAAAAAGCAAAUUGAAACGCAGAGAAACAAACUUGGAAAAUUGAUGACCAACUAUUUCUACAGAAAAAUCAAAAUCAAUUGACUUUUUGAAAUGAAAUAUCCCUUCCAAAAAUGACGCAAUAAAACUGCAAAAUCUUCUAUUGAAGAGGGGAAGAAAUUAAUAGAUUUAAAAAAUAUAAUUGCCAAAACUUGAAGUGAUUCCUACAGAUUUCUUAUAGAAUUUUGAGAAAAAACUCAGUUUUUCUAUGAGUUUUUCAUACGCGUUAGUCACAUAUUCUUUUUCCUAACUAGUAGAUAAGCCACGCAAUUGCAUUCCACUUAGUGAAUAUCAGACUCAUAUUUUAGUCAUUCACUCACGUCGCAGAUCGUCGAUAGCGUGAAAUUGAUUUAAUCAGUUGAGGACGAAUGUGAAUACAGUAGUUAAGUGAAAUAACCGGGGGAAUUUAUAAUUUCAAAUGAAUUGCUUUCGAUGCCAAAAAUAAUAAACAAAAUCAUUCAAUGGUAAUGACUAUUUUGUCAAUUAAUCACCGAAAAUACUCGAAGCAAUAGCAUAAUUGUUUUCCACAUUUCACUUGGUUACAAAUCACUCAAUGAAAAGAUCAAUAAAUUUCAUAAUAAUGGUGAAAAUUAUGAGCGAGGCCUAAAGCAGAUGUCGCCCAUUCGAGAAACCCCACAAGAGGUAAUAAACAAAGCUCAUUACAAAAAUCCCCAGCAUUAAUAGCCCACAAAUGACGGACUUAUACUCAAGGAUCAAUUUGCUUGACAUAGACUUAGUAAAAUUUGCCUUGUGAGAUCUAGUGUAGAGUCCACGAGCGAGCAAUGAAUAAAUCGAUAAAAA